UCCUCCCUCUUCCCAGCUCCGGCUCCGCCACCAGCUCCCGCCUCGGCUCCCCCUCCAACAGUCCCCUCCGAGGAGCGGAGCCCACCCGAGGGCCCCUCUUCCGCCCUCCAGCCCAGCCGCCCGGCCAGAACAGCCGCUCAGGGGGGCAGUCCCCCAACAGCUUGCCUCCCUCCAGCCCUGCCAGACCCCCCCCAACCAUGAAUCUCUUCCGAUUCCUGGGAGACCUCUCCCACCUCCUAGCCAUCAUUUUGCUACUGCUCAAAAUCUGGAAGUCCCGCUCGUGUGCCGGGAUUUCAGGGAAGAGCCAGGUUCUGUUUGCUGUGGUGUUCACUGCCCGCUACCUGGACCUUUUCACCAACUACAUCUCGCUCUACAACACAUGCAUGAAGGUGGUCUAUAUUGCCUGCUCCUUCACCACAGUCUGGAUGAUUUACAGCAAGUUCAAAGCCACUUAUGAUGGGAACCACGACACGUUCCGGGUGGAGUUUCUCGUUGUGCCCACGGCCAUCCUUGCGUUCCUGGUCAACCAUGACUUUACCCCUCUUGAGAUCCUCUGGACCUUCUCCAUCUACCUGGAGUCGGUGGCCAUCCUGCCGCAGCUCUUCAUGGUGAGCAAGACGGGCGAGGCAGAGACCAUCACCAGCCACUACCUGUUUGCGCUGGGCGUCUACCGCACGCUCUAUCUCUUCAACUGGAUCUGGCGCUACCACUUCGAGGGCUUCUUUGACCUCAUCGCCAUUGUGGCCGGCCUGGUCCAGACGGUCCUCUACUGCGAUUUCUUCUACCUCUACAUCACCAAAGUCCUGAAGGGGAAGAAGCUGAGUUUGCCAGCGUAGCCCCGGUCCUCGCCGUCCCUCUCCUCGUCAGCGGAGAGAGGCAGAGGAAGGCGACGCAAGACGAAGAGCCUUCCUGUCCAGGGGUGACUUUUUUAAGAUCCAGCCUUUCCCCACGCUCCAUCUUCCUCCUGCCGGGUUUCAGGGGGUGGUGGAGGACCCGAGACUUGGGGAGCUCAGGACCUGGGCUGUUUGUAGUUUUUUGCCUUUUAGAGAAGAAAAAAAAAAUCUUUCCACUAUUUAGUUUUUGAUUCUGAUGACUUCUUUCUCUUUGAGUCUCUGGCUCCGAUUUUAUAAACUGUUUCAAGUAUCCUGUACUGGGGAGGGGGGCCCAGGGUGGGAGAUCCUUUCUCUCUCCCGAGCGCCUCUGCUCCCCUCCAGAUCCUGCCCCCAGCCCCACUGUUUGCCAAACACUAAAUCUGCCCACGCCUGUCUCCCGCCUUCCACCCUGGCUGCAAACACGGCCCCUGCCCCCCAAACUUCUGGGUUGGGGACAGGGAGGAAGGGGGGGAAAGGUCUCCCCUGAUUUUUCAUAACAAUUUUUUCCCAGAGUUUGGGGUUUUUUAGUCUUGUCCUGGUUUUGGGGCAUUUAGGGGGCUGGUUCCAGGGUCGCCACGACUCAGCCACCAUGUUUUUGUACGGAAUUGAUGGUUGAUUCUUUGUUCUCUUGAAAUAAACCGAGGAAAAUGA